AUGGUAGGAGUGCCACUUUGGGUGUAUUUGUCAGCCACCCUUGAGGCCAUGGGGGUGGUGCUAGUAAAGGAGCAAGAUGAUGUACAGCGGCCAGUGUACUUAUUCAGUCAUUUAUUAAAAGGGGGCGAGUCCCGAUACAUGACCCUGGAAAAAUUAGUUUACGGAUUAGUACUCAUGGCUCGACACUUGAGGCCUUAUUUCCUAGCACAUUCCGUUACAGUCCUGACCAACAACACUAUGGGUAAAGCUCUCACUAAUGUAGAAGUAGCAGGUUGCCUCAUCAAAUGGGCCACAGAUUUGGGGGAGUAUGACAUCCAAUACCAACCUCACACUAUAAUUAAGGCGCAAGCUCUAGCAUUUUUUCUGAUGGAGGUUCACCAGCCGGACUCAGAAGAAAUUUGGAAGAUCUAUAUGGAUGGGUCAUCUACCCAAAAGGGAAGUGGAGUAGGGGUUCUCCUGAUCUCCCCUCAGGAAGAUAUCUUGUCGCUGGCGGUCAAGUUAAAUUUCAAAGCUACCAAUAAUGAAGCCGAGUAUGAUACACUAUUGGCGGGGCUACAAGCAGCUCGACAUAUGGGAGCUGCUCGGGUAGUUGUUUACUCUAACUCUCAGCUUGUAGCUCAACAAGUAGCAGGUAACUUUGAGGUCAAUAGUGACAAGCUGCAGGUAUAUCGAGAGGCAUAUGAGAAGAUGAAAGAGGAGUUCAAGGAGGUCACGGUGACUAAGAUUCCCAGGGAGGAUAACCAAAGGGUGGAUGAAUUGGCUAAAAUGGCUAGCUCUCUGACCACUUGGAUGCUGGAUAGGUCGAUAGCCCAGACCUUCCUAAUAGCUCAAAUAGAUUUGCAUAAUCAUAUUGAGGAGCUAAUUGACUGGAGGGUCUCGAUGACCAUUUAUCUUCAGCAGGGUGUCCUGCUUGCUCAUGUGGAAGAAGCUAGGCUGAUCAAGAAAAAGGCUCAUAUAUAUACCCUGAUCGGAGACCAGUUGUACAAGUGGGUAUUCUCCAGACCACUACUCAAAUGCCUAGGAACAGAGGAGGCAAAAUAUGCUUUACAAGAGAUACAUCAGGGGUGUUGUGGAAGCCAUAUAGGAGGAAGGAUGCUGGCUCAGAAAGUAUUACUGGCUGGGUAUUUCUGGCCUACUUUACAGAAGGAUGCGCAAAGAUUGAUGAGCACUUACUUAUCCUGCCAAAAGCAUCAGAAUCUGACCCAUCGAUCGACCGACAUGCUAAAAACCUCAAUAGUCUCAUGUCCCUUUGAUCAAUGGGGCAUGGAUAUUGUUAGACCUUUCCCCAUGGCACUGGUCAGAAGUGAUUCUUACUUGUAG